AUGGCGGUGUGCAUCGCAGUGAUAGCGAAGGAGAAUUACCCCCUGUACAUCCGCAGUGUCCCCACCGAGGACGAGCUGAAGUUCCACUACAUGGUGCACACGUCGCUGGAUGUGGUGGACGAGAAGGUCUCGGCGCUGGGGAAGGCUCUCGUAGACCAGAGGGAGCUCUACUUGGGCCUGCUGUACCCCACUGAGGACCACAAGGUGUAUGGCUACGUGACCAACUCCAAGGUGAAGUUCGUGAUGGUGGUGGACUCCUCCAACACUGCGCUCCGGGACAACGAGAUACGCAGUAUGUUCCGGAAACUGCAUAAUUCCUACACUGAUGUUAUGUGCAACCCUUUCUACAACCCAGGAGACCGCAUUCAGUCGAGGGCCUUUGACAACAUGGUGACAUCCAUGAUGAUCCAGGUCUGCUGA